UCAUCUGGACUGGAAACUUGUGUGGUAAAAGUGAAGUGAACACGCCUGUGCGUUACUGCGGUCAAAUCUGCUCAAAACAUGUUUGUUUUGUGCAAAAGGGAAGGAAGUGCUCACAGCCCAGAUAAGCUCAGAAGAAGAAGAAGUCCAGCUUUUAGAUAUUGAAAUGAUACUGCACUUCUGUUUCUCAAAGCUUCUUGGUUUCUUUUUGUACACGUUCAAGUUUGAGAAGAAAUUUCCACAAGGAGAUUAACAGAGCGUCGGUUUCUUGGACGUGAGGAUGGAACAGACUUUGCUCUGCGUGCUGGGAUUAUUCUCACUGAAUCUUCUCUUGUACUGUGGACAAGCUCAAGUUGUUCUGACUGUUGAACCAAACUGGUCAGUAUUUUUCCUUGGAGAGUCUGUCACCCUCAUAUGUGACGGGAAGGAAGGACAAGAGACAGACUGGUGGUAUUUAUUCAACAGAGACGGUCAACAUCUAACCGAGUACAGUUCAAAUAAGAAAAUUCAGACAUACAUACGAACAGGACACUACUCUUGCACUUGUAAUCAGGAGGAAAGUAAUAAGGUUCAUCUAACACUUUCAGUGUACACACCUAAGGCAGUGAUUUUGGAAGGCAACAGUUCAACAGUGGGCGCUGUGAUGUUGACCUGCUCUGUGAGCCCAUCAACACCUGGCUGGGAAUAUUCCUGGUACAGUGGCACAAACGCCCAACGUCUGACUGCAGGGGGCGCCAUUUUCCACUCGAAUGACAGAAUCAGUGUCUCACAGGAAGGACUUUACUGGUGCGUAGGAGGACGAGGAACUCCACGUUACUACACCAAGCAGAGUGACACAUUUGUUGCCAUCACACCUGUUGUGAAGCUGAACCACAACUGGCCUGAGGUUUUCUACAGAGAGAAGACCAGGCUCACGUGUGAGAUGAAGGGUGGUGAAAACGUCAUGUGGGAGUAUGAGUGGAUGAAACAGCAAGUUGUUCUUCCAGAAAACAAAAAGGAACAUGUAGUUGUCCAUGCUACAACAUCAGACUACAUGUGUAGGGCCAGAAGUAUAUAUGGCCAAACACGGUGGAGUAAAGCUUUCACACUGACAGUAAUUGAUUUACCUAAACUCUCUGUGUCGUCAUUGUGGCCAAAUCACGGAGCGUCAGUUAAUCUGAACUGUGCUGCUGAACAUCCAUCUGCAGGCUGGAGGUUCUACUGGUACAAGCUUAUUCCUAACAUAGCCCGAGAAUACAUAUACGACUAUGAGCUGCUCCCUGGAAGCACAAACGGGACCACAAAGGAUUCCUAUGUCGUCUAUAAUCACACAAAUACAGCAGGGUAUACAUGCAGAGCAGGAAGAGGAGACCCAGUGCAUUACACGUCUUACAGUAAUCCCAAGUUUGUCUGGUCCAGAGAGUUUCAGUCACCACCGUCUCUCAGAGUGAGUCCUGACAAAGUUCAACACUUCAGGUCAGACUCUGUGUCACUGACCUGUGAGGGAAACUCGUCCACACAGUGGACAGUGGUGAAGUUUCGUCAAGACGGUUUUAUGAGUCAGCGAUGCUCCGGCUUUGGGACACUGACUGGAUCAACAUGCAUCACUGAGUUAAAUGAUCAACAUGCAGUGUACUGGUGCGAGUCUAAGUCAGGACAAUUCAGUAGCGCUGUCAACAUCAGUACAUCACGCGAAGGUAUUCUACUUGAGAGUCCGGCACAUCCUGUGGCUGAAGGAGCAGCUGUUACUCUUCGCUGCAAGCUGAAGACGGGGAACUUUGUUGCUGAUGUUUUCUUCUAUAAAAACGACAAAGUCGUCCAAAAUGACACGAGAUGGGAGCUGACGAUCCCUGCGGUGUCAGAGUCACAUGAAGGCUUUUACAGAUGUGAAGGAAAAUAUUCUCAGCAGACUCUGACUUCACCACAGAGUUGGAUUUCAGUUAAAUCUUUGUCCAAACCAGAACACUCUCCAGGUCAUAUGCCUCUGAUUGUUGGAUUGGUUUGUGGAGUUUUAGUAAUAAUUCCUCUGCUGCUGCUGCUGCUGCUGGUCUUUUGCUACAGAAUGUCUAAAGAAACUAAAGAAACCCAAAGCAGCGAAUAUGCAUCUCCUCUCCACGGUGAUGCUAGUCACUAUGAAACAGUCAAACACCGUGAGGACACAGAAGAUGAAAAUAAAGAAACCCAGAGCAGCGAAUAUGCAUCUCCUCAACAUGAUGAUGCUUGUCACUAUGAAACAGUGAAACCGCGUGUGGACACAGAAGAUGAUGAAGCCAGGGGUGUUGUAUAUUCUUUGAUUGAGAUUAAAAAACGCCAUGAAAUCAAUGGAGAGAAAAGUAAACCAGACAAAGGGUGUGUUUACUCGGAUUUGAAGAUACGAUCAGAUGCAGAUGAUGAUCAGAUGUACGCCCAAGUGCAGUCAUGCAGUAAAGACAAAAAAAACAACAAAAGAAAAUCAACUCCUGCUGUGGCCGAGGAAACUGUAUAUUCUGAAAUUAACCCUGGAAAAUCUAGUGAUCAGUAAUCAACCCAAGCACUGGAACAGAAGAAGUUCUCUUUUGCACCGUUACUAUUGGAAAUGCGCAAAAGAGACAAAAAUAGUACAUUAUACAGGAGUUUAGCAUGCGUCCGCAUGCAGAAGGAACAUUUGAAAUACUGAAAUUACAUACAUAUCACAUACUGAACCUAAGCAUGAAUAAGUAUAAGUAUUCAUAAGUCAGUCUGACUUUAAGGAGUUAACGUCAAACUUGAAAAGGAAAUGCACCGACAAGUGAUAACUGAGUCAGGAUUUAUGUUUCUCCACUCUAUAGUUUUUGGGUAAAAAUAGCUACAAUAGUAAUAAAGACCAAAGGUAAAUCGAGAAAAACUCUCUUCUCUUGUCAUGUGCACAUAGUCUGUGUUUUACGAUAAUUCAAAUAUUAGAGGCACGAUACGAUACUCGAUACCAAUGACAUCACGAUACAACGAUUCUGGGAUAAUCAAUAUGUUGCAAGACAAUCUUGUAGAGAUACGUCACGAUAUCUGUCUAAGUGACGGAAACAAAAAGUUUAACAUGAACAGUUAAAAGUGCAGAGUUUGGUACGUGAUGAACGUGGAUGAAACUCCCUCUUCUUUGGGCCACGUAAGUCCCACAUUAAUUUGACCCACCCCUACUGUGCACAUUAGAAACAUGAGAAAGAACAUAUUUUUAAUCCUUUGAGAAAUGGUUCUCAAACUGUGGUACGCAAACCUCCUCUGGUGGUAAAUUCGUAAACACUGUUCUACAUUACAUGACUGUAGCCAUUUACGUAUAUGCAACAUGUCUGCACGACAAUAGCUAAAAACAAUGAGACUUAUGUUACAGGUUUUACACCAAAAUGUAUCUAACACCCUUUAAAUACAUGGAAAUCCAUAUUUCUUUUCAAUUUAAUGGACUGUUUUAUUUUAGUUGUAUUAACUUCUGGGGCAUCAGAGUGAGGAAGGAAUUAUUUGGUACUAUUACAUAGCUGGUGUGUUGUUUUAUUUAUUUCUAUCAUUUUAUUGUGUCUGUUUGUCACUAAAAGCCUCUCACAUUACAGUUCCGGUACUUGUUGGUGUCACUACUGUCUAAAUAUGUCCGUCACAGCAACACGUCUCUGUGUGCCUUGGCUGCAAAAAGGAAAUGAGAAGUCAAGUUCUGUCUUUUCUUGGAGACACGGCCGUUAACAAAGUUUUGUUUUAUCUUCUACUCUGUUGUGUGGGCUCCUCAAAUACAAAAAAAGGAUUCAAGUCUUUAACAAAAUCAGAUUUUCUUUAAACAUAUUUUCCAUGAACUAUGUACAUAUAGACAUAAUAAACAAAUAAACAGCUCAUGCGCCACUAGGCAGUUUUCAAUGCCUUUAUUAGAUUUUUGGUGAAGUUCCACGGAGAGCAGUGAGUCAUCAGCAUAGGGAUUGAUUCCCCGAAUGGCAAAUGUAUACAAUUGCAUUCAUGUUGAAGCAGCAACAGCGCAACACAAUCACAUAGCUUUUUAGCAAAUAUUUCUCUCAUUCUACCUGUUUUUUAACAUUGCAUGAAUAAUAGCUGUUUUUUUAUUUCUAUAUUUUUUAUUGAUACAAAUUGUAACUUUUUACAAUAUAAUAUUACUGUUAUGUCCCUGGCCUAGGGAAACCAGGGGUUACCUAUGUGUGUGUGUGUGUGUGUGUCUUCCAGCUCCUCUUUCCAAAUAAA